ACUAUGUCAUUGACUUAAAUGGGAUGUGUUUCAUCAUAAUUAAAAAUAGAGAGGUUUUCCAGGCUACCAAUCUACUAUUGCUCCCAUUUUACAGUGAAACAAUGAGUUGCCAAGAAGUAACUGGUGUACUCUCCACAACAUGUACUGUGACUGAAUUGGACACUAACAGGGACGUUGCUUUGCCCCUGGAGUUUUCAGAGUUAUGUGGCCCUAAAGAGCAUCAUGAGAAAGAGGUGAGCUGUUUGCUUUUCAGUUUUAUGUUGAAAUUAGAUGGGUGUCAGCCACUGAAAGUGUACUUGAGAGUACGACCCUUCUCCAAGGCAGAGCUUGAAAACAAUGAAAACCAGGAUUGCUUAACUAUCGAAAACCAAGAAACAGUAACUCUUUGUGCACCGAAAGAAUCAGCUGCGAUGAAGAACAGUGAAAAGGGAAUUGGGCAAUGUGCACAUCGCUUCACCUUUACUCGGGUUUUUGGACCAGAAAGUACUCAAAGUGAAUUUUUUGAAGGCACAAUGAAUGAAAUACUAAAAGCAUACAUCAGCGGAGUGAGUGGGCUUGUGUUUACCUAUGGUGUCACGAAUGCUGGCAAAACAUUCACUGUUCAUGGUUGCCCAAAAGAUGGUGGUAUCCUGCCUCGUGCUCUUGAGAUGAUCUUCAACCAUGUAAAAGGAAGACAGUAUCAAAAGAUGAACUUCAAGCCCUGCUUCAGUAAUCUUAUCAAAAGGUUGGAUGAUAUGCAGACUAAGCGAGAGGAAUCCAUAAAAGCUGCACUCCUUGCCUCUUUGAAAGAGGAGCCUGAUAAUUCUUUGAAGCGUUCCGCUACUUCGGGUACACCAGAUUCAACUUGUAGUAACUGUAGCUCCCCCAGUUUUGCUUUGGACCAAUUAGAUUUGGAGAGGGGUAAUAAAUGUCAGAGAACAUUAUUGUCUGUCUGGAUUUCCUUCUUUGAAAUCUACAAUGAGUAUGUCUAUGAGCUACUGGACUUAUUGCCAGCGUCAAAAAAUCACAAGCGCAAAGUUCUAAGAAUCUGUGAGGAUCAAGGAGGAAGUUCUUACGUAAAAGAUUUGAAGUGGAUCAACAUAAAAACCAUAGAUGAAGCUUACAAAAUACUUAAAAUAGGAAGCAAAAACAGAAGUUUGGCAAGCACAAAGACAAAUCAGCAAUCAAGCAGAAGUCACAGCAUUUUUUCUAUCAGACUGAUCAGCUUAAGUGAUGAGACUAUGCCAUGUGUUCUUGGAGUCUCUGAACUCUCUCUCUGUGACCUGGCUGGAUCAGAACGAUGCACUAAAACCCAAAGCUUUGGAGACAGGCUUAAAGAAGCGGGCAAUAUUAAUAAUUCGCUUCUUAUCCUUGGAAAAUGCAUUGCAGCUCUGAAACAAAAUCAAAACCCUAAGUUAAGACAGGCAUAUAUUCCCUUCAGAGAGAGUAAGCUAACCCGCUUAUUUCAACCAUUCUUCUGUGGUAAAGGCAAAGCUUGUAUGAUAGUUAACAUUAAUCAGUGUGCCUCUACAUAUGAUGAGACCUUGCAUGUAAUGAAAUUUUCUGCUGUAGCUAAGCAAAUUAUUCAGCAAUUUCAGCCUAAAAUGUCUGAUUAUUUCCCCCCACAAUACAGUGGGAGGGAAGAUAAACCUACAGUGCAUUUUUAUAACAUAUCUGCUGAGGAGCUUCCAGAUGUAUCCUCCUCCUCUGAAGAAGAAGUAGAUAUUAGCAUUAUGACCCAUGAGCUGGAGGGCUAUUUUAAGAACCAUUUUAAGAUAGUGAAUGUUCUCAAGCGCCUGGAAGACAUGAAAGAAAGUUAUGAAGAGAAACUGGAGAGUAAAUUUGAAAUGUACAAGGAGGCUAUAAAGAGACAUGCAUAUAUGUGUGCAAUGGAGCAAAUUGAAGAGCACUAUGUUCCAGUUGAAGAGUUCAUAGCUGAACAAGCAAAGGUUGAGGAUCGAGAGAUGAAAAUACAGCAGUUGAAACUAAAAUGUGGAGAUCCAGAUGCCUUUGCUUUGGAAAGUCCUAAUUCAGACAUGACAGAAGGAGCAAUUAACCCAGAUGUUAAAUACAAGAUGAUGAUACAUAGAGCUUCAGAUACCUUGUCAAGGCAGUGUGAGGAGAAAGAUGAGUUAAUUAAAUCACUGAAGUUGAAAAUGCAAAAAUUAAAUGAAAUGUUACACGAUGCCAGUGAUGUCUGCAAAAAAACAGUUGAGGAGAAUAAUAGCCUGAAGCAGGUGAUAAAAUUCAAGGAACAAGAGAUUGAAGGCCUUCAAAACUGGGGUAAACGUGUCCGUGAACUUGAAGCCACAGUAUCUCUUCUGCAAAACGAGCUUGAUGAAAACAAGACAAAAUUUCUUCACAUGGAAGAUCUUAAGCAUCGAAAAUCCAAGAAAGGCUUCUUUGCACAUUUGAAAUACACAGCAGCGGAUCCUCCUAAACCAAGCAGCAGCAAAGCCUCAGAAUAAUCAAAUUGGUCGCCCACAGCACUGUGCAAACAAACAGCAAUGCAUAAAGUAAAAGAAUCUCUCCAGUCUUUUUAGGUGUUUAGAUUUACACCACAGAAGCUAACAAGACAUUGGAUUAUGGGGUGUUUUUAAUAGUGGAGAGAAACAAUGAAGGCUGCCUAAUUGUCAUUGUAACUUGAAGGAAAACAGUUCCUCUUUUGACAAGAAAAACAUAUUGCUUUUUUGGCAGAAUAUAAAUCAAUUCACAGCAGAUUCUUUGCAUCAAAAGUGUUUGAAAAUCUUGGCAUCAGGAAUGGGAAAGCAUUUUUUAAACACACCAAUUUUUUUUUGCAAUAAACCAAACUUUUUUUGGAAACUUUUCAUUGAUGAUUCCUAAGAAAUGCAGUUGAUUUUUAGAUUUGUACUUUAUCAUAACUGUUACAAGCAUGUUAGGAAAAUGAAUAAUUAAAUUAAAGGACUGAACAUUUUUCUUUGUGUGAAGGAAUGGAGUGUAAAUAUG